AUGAGUGAAAGUACUCAAGAACUUAAUAAAAAAAUGUGUAAGCGUUGCUAUAUUAAAAGGAGUAUUGAGAACUUUUUUCGUCCCUCUGAUGAAAAUCAAGAGGAAGAAAAUGACACAUACAGCAAUAUUAAUUCUGAUGAGCUUGGUAUAGGUACCUCUACUAGCUUUAGUAAUAUUGUUCCAAAUGAUUCCAAUUUUACUUUUGAUAACAGUAACAUUACUAUAUCUAAUGACCCUGGUACUAUCGCUCUCAAUGUUUCUAACAACUCUAGUACUAUUAUUUCUAAUAACUCUGGUACUAUCAUUGAUGUUUCUAAUAUCACCACAGAUAGUUUUGAUAAUAUUACCUCUAAUAACUCUGGGUACAUUACCUAUAAUGAAAAUGAGCAUGAUGUCUGA